GUCUAUGAGGUUUCGGUUUCUCCUCCCUCUAUGUUUUUUUUAAAACAAGACGACGAGUAGUGGGAGUUGAAGGACCGUUAGCCAAGGGUCGGGUUGAAAGGUCCCCACCCUAACCUCUCUUCUCUCGGUAAAGGAAAGAGAUGGAAAAAGAAACUUUUGCCCCUCAGUGCUCUUAUAUGAGAAAGAUGGAUGGAGCCGCCAAUAGCAUUUCACCUCACCAACUCUUCUUUUACUUCCUUUCCUUUAUCUUCUUCAUCCACACAUUUCUGCUCCAUAGCAUGAGAUGGAAAGCUCCUCAGCUUCUGCGCGUGUUGAGUCUUUCCCAAUUGGGCUUAGAGUUCUCGUUGUUGAUGACGACCUAACGUGGCUGAAAAUUUUAGAAAAGAUGCUCCGGAAAUGCUCAUAUGAUGUUACAACAUGCUGUAAAGCAAGAGCUGCUCUUGAUCUUCUUCGUGAAAGAAAAGAUAAAUUUGACAUUGUAAUCAGUGAUGUUAAUAUGCCCGACAUGGAUGGUUUCAAGCUCCUUGAGCACGUUGGACUUGAGAUGGAUUUACCAGUUAUAAUGAUGUCAGUGGAUGGUGAAACAAGCAGGGUUAUGAAAGGUGUUCAACAUGGUGCAUGCGAUUACCUUCUUAAGCCCAUAAGAAUGAAAGAGCUAAGGAACAUAUGGCAACAUGUUUAUAGAAAGAGAGCACAUGAGUUGAAAGAUUUGGAGAGUCAUGAAAUCAUUGAUGAUAUUCAAAUCCUAAGAAGUGGGCUUGAAAAGUUUGAUGACAAGCUAUUGGUGAGUACGUCCGAGAUGAUCUCUCUAGGGAAACGAAAAGAUUUGGACACUAGAGAGUUUAGUGAUCAAGAUUUCUAUGAUUCCGUGACUGUGAAGAAAGCCAGAGUGGUUUGGUCAAUUGAUCUUCAUAAAAAAUUUGUAAACGCUGUGGAUCAGAUAGGUUUUGAUAAAGUUGGUCCAAAAAAGAUACUUGACUUGAUGAAUGUGCCUGGAUUAACAAGAGAGAACAUUGCCAGCCACUUACAGAAAUAUCGCAUGUACUUAAGUAGAAUACAGAAGCAGAAUGAAGUUGGAGAUUUAGCUGGCAAUAUGCAACCUGAUCACUCUUCAGAGAAUCAUUCAGAGAGCGUUGGCUGUCAGAACUCUAGAACUAUCCAUGAAAAUAGUGGAGCUAAUAGCUAUGGGCAGAAAACUCAAAAUUUCCAUGGGCAGGAUAUAAUCCAGGGUUUUCAAGAAAGUGAACUAAACAAAGCAGACUUACUUCCAGUAAAGCUUAAGAAAGAAGAUGUAACAACAGAUGUUCACUUUCAAAAGCCGAAAAAUGCUUCUCAGCCAGAGCAAAUGCUGCCACACAGUGAUCAGAAACAGGACUACGCCUCAAUUUCAAAGCGGAAUGGAUGGCAUGGAAGUGUUCUAUUAAGGCAAUUCAUGCAAUACCCUAAACAUGAUGAGCCAUUUAGCUUCUUGGAACACAAUUCCUACUCUUCACAAACUCAAGUGCCUCAGAUUCCUCUUUGGCAAUUGCAAUGUCCAUCUCUUGUCUCAGUCAAUAGUAGCAUUAAAAAAGAUGAAACUAAAUUUGAUGUAAAACCUUCGAUCGCAAAUUGCAAUGGCCAUCUCAUGAAAAUUUUAUCAAAAGCGGUGUAUGAAGAUGAUCAACAUUCAAUUCAGGUGGAACAUGCUAAUUCUAAAGAAUUUGAAGCAGCAUAUGAACAUAAAAAAUUAAUCAGUUUAAUGGAGCACCACUAUGAGCAAUCUAGAGUCCAUGAUUUGAUUCCUCCUUCAAUACAUCUAGAUACAAAAAAUGAAGCAAGUUUGAUUACAUCAUCUGAAGACUUGAACCAUCAUUCCCUUCAUGGCUUUGGUUUCCUAGAUAAUGUUGGUUUCAAUGGUAUGGAGUUACACCAGCUUAAUGGUUGUGCAUCACUCACUGAACUACAGAGUAAUUGUUAUGAUGAGAUAGAAUUUAAUUAUGAGUACUGGUACGAUCCCUUGGACUACCUUUUGCUAGAUGAGGGCCUUUUUGCGUAAUAGUUCAGUGCUUCAUCCUUAAUGGUUUUUGUUUGAGAAAUUAAUGUAUGGAACAACUAGUAUCUUUCAGUCUGCCUCAAAUUUCAUGGACUGAUAUUUCUAA